AUGGACCCCGACCAAGACCUCGUCGACCUGGCCGGGGGCGAUCCCUUGGUACUCAAACAACUCAAAGACAUUCUGCCGGCAACCGAGUCAAUGAAGCAUGACAGCCACUUUGACAUCCAGGGCCGACCCCGACUGCAGUUCCCGAUUCCUGAGCCAAAAUGGCUGGUGUGCGACUUGCCCGAGAACACCUCCAAGCCCAUGCCCGAGCAUAGUAGUCUGGAAAGCGUUGAUCUUUGCUACUAUUUGCCGCAGAGGGAACCUAUUAGGGAGUUCCAUCCCGACAGCCCCCUCCAGCUCCGCCCCGGCACACCAACCUUAAGGUUUCAGCAUACCUCGAUUUUGCGCACCUGCCGACGCAUCUUUCUGGAAGCACGAGAUCUCUUGAUGAAGAACGCUACGCUUCGCAUCCGUACUGGCAUAUGGUUUUUCGAAGAGCUGGAAACUAUAGAAGUAAGCAUCCACAGCAUGGGGCGUAUGACACGAUAUGCCGCCAACCGAGUGACAUCGCUCGAGAUCUACCUCAGCCAAUGGGAACUAGAAGGGCGCUUCCUCUGCGAACUCGAAAGAGAAGAAAACUUACGCUGUGUUGAAGACCUUCGCAUCACCAUCGGCAAGAAUGGCUGGCGUACGGGGAAUGAGUGGCGUGAGGAGCUAGAAAUAUCUGGACCUCAGCUCACCCCCUAUGGCGACGGUCGUGACUUGGAAGAUGGUACCUGGAAAUUAAUGAAAGAUCACAUGAAGCUUGAAGAAGAACACGGCCAGGGCCGAGCGCCUAUCCCGCCCAUUCCAUACACAAGACGACAAAAGGACGGAGAGCCAACCUGGGGCGAGUCGCUCAGCAUGAUCCCGAACCUGAAACGGCUCACCAUGGACUUUGAGCACAGCGAGGAUCGGUUCCAAGAACUCAAAGAGCUGGCCCAGUGGGCCCAGCGUGUCUGGACGUUCCGACUGGGCGGCAAGAUGAAGGGUUACUAUCUCAGCGCAAAGGAUAAACCUAUCAAGAUGUACAGCUGGCGCGGGUUGGCACCAGACAUGGGAAUGAAAGCCAUCUGCCCCAAUGAAGAUUGCCCCAAUGGUUCUAAUCAAGAGGACUCUGGCGAUGUCGAGAUGCCAGAGUGCUGUGCUGAAACCUACAAGCGCAUGGAAUACGGCUUUGGGCCGAGGAUGUACACAUUCACCGUGAUGUGGACAGCGAAGAAGCUAGAUGUCGAGGACGGCGACGACCCUGAGAUCCUCGGACCCGAUGAGCUCAAGACAAAGUGGCCAGAAGUGCGGCGCGAUGCCCUGGUGCCGCCCCAGACUGGUUGGACUCGCCUCACCCCGGGCUGGAGGGGCCUCUGCGACAGCAUCCCACCCGCUCUUCAGGAUCAUCACUUUCAAAAUCGCGGCAGAAACUAG